AUGGGAAAUUGUUUAACUGGAGAUGUGGCAGGAGGCAAACAAGCAAUCGGAGGGGUCCAGCAGAGGCCCACAUCAACGUCCAACAACAAUGCGGCGCUCAACGACGCCGUCGAUUUCUUCUUCCGAUCUCGUGGUCAAUAUCCUCUCUUCUCCCAAAUCGAGUUAUCUUUGUCAGCUUCAAACUUGAUUGACCGUGACAUCACAUCUAAGAGUGACCCAAUGGCUGUCAUGUAUUUGAGGAAAAAGGAUGGGAAGCUUGAGGAAAUUGGACGUACUGAAGUCAUACUUAACAGCUUGGAUCCAAAUUGGAUUGAGAAGAUUACAGUCUCUUUUCAGUUUGAAGCUGUUCAGACAUUAGUUUUUCACGUGUAUGAUGUCGAUUCACAAUAUCAUAAUGUGCCAGUGAAGACAUUAAAGCUGAAGGAUCAGGAUUACUUGGGAGAAGCCACCUGUGUUCUAUCCGAGAUUAUGACAAAACCUAACCGCUCUCUGACGUUAAACCUUAAUGGUAACUUUGGAGCUGGUGUGAGUAGACGUUUGGGAACACUCUCUGUUCAAGCUGAAGAAACCACUGCUUCUAAAACUGUCGUCGAGAUGAAUCUCCGCUGUAUCAAUUUGGAUAACAAGGACUUGUUCUCUAAGAGUGAUCCCUUCUUGAGAAUUUCAAGAAUAGUUGAAAACAGUGUAGCAGUCCCGAUAUGUCGGACUGAGGUAGUGGACAACAACCUCAACCCCAUGUGGAGGCCUGUGUGCUUGACUACGCAGCAAUACGGAAGCAGAGACAAUCCAUUGAUUAUCGAAUGCCUUGAUUUCAAUACCAACGGGACUCAUGACCUUAUUGGGAGGACACAGAAAUCUGUAGCUGAAUUGGAGAGACAUUGUCUCCAAAAAGAGUCUGUAAACUUUGUCUAUACAUCCACAAGUCACGGUCGCAACAAGGUUCUGAAAGGCCAGCUCAUCGUGGAUCGUUUUGUGGAGAAAGUUCAAUACAGUUUUCUUGACUACAUAUCCAGCGGCUUCGAACUUAAUUUCAUGGUUGCAGUUGACUUCACUGCUUCAAAUGGUGAUCCCCGAAAUCCAGGUUCUUUGCACUACAAUGAUCCAUCAGGCAAACCAAACUCGUAUCAGCAGGCUAUUAUGGAAGUAGGAGAGGUCAUCCAGUUCUAUGGUUCUGAUAGGCGUUUUCCUGCUUGGGGUUUUGGAGGGAGAACAUCGGAUAACACUGUCUCCCAUGCUUUUAACCUGAACGGAGCUCCACAUGGCGACGAGGUUGUUGGAGUGGAAGGAAUCAUGUCAGCUUAUGCGAGUGCCCUUCACAACGUUGCUCUAGCUGGACCAACUCUGUUUAGCCACGUGGUCGACAAGGCUGCUAAUAUUGCUUCACAGUCACUCUCACAAAACAUUCCCAAGUACUUUGUUCUGCUCAUCAUUACGGAUGGAGUUCUAACGGACAUGGCUGGUACACUAGACGCAUUGGUGAGAGCUUCUGAUCUCCCCUUGUCAGUUCUUAUCGUCGGCGUGGGAAACGCAGACUUCAGCCAAAUGGAGAUCCUUGAUGCUGAUAAUGGUCGCCGGUUGGAGAGUUCUACUGGUCGGGUAGCGACACGGGACACCGUUCAGUUCGUCCCUAUGACAGCAGUCCACAGUGGACAAGUGUCAGUGGUGCAGGCACUUCUAGAAGAACUUCCCGGUCAGUUUCUGAGCUAUGUUCGCUCCCGGAAUAUUAAUCCGGUGGGCGCCCCAGCGAUUUGA